AUGGAGACACACACUGACAUCGUUGUCGGCCGGGACCCGCCUUCAAACCAGAAGGAUAGGACCGUUAUUGUAGAUGAAGCUGCGAGCUCGACUACGAUGGAGCACAGCCAACGCCUCUCUCGAAAGAAACGGCUCCUAGGUAUCAUCUGGGACUCUUUUGACAAGCCUCCCGAGGAACGCAAGUUUAUGGCCAAGAUUGAUUGGUGGAUUCUGACAUACUGCUGUGUUGCCUACUUUGUCAAGUACCUGGACCAGACAAAUGUUAGCAAUGCAUACGUUUCGGGUAUGAAGGAAGACCUCAAUAUGACAGGCAACGACCUCAAUCUGCUCCUCACAUUUUGGAAUAUCGGCUAUAUCGUGGGCCAGCUCCCGUCUCAGAUCAUCAUCACUAAGAUCCGUCCAUCCGUGUGGCUUCCUUCAGCAGAGCUGGCAUGGGGUUUUCUUGUUGCUGGAAUGGCUGGCGCUAAAGAUGUCAAGACACUUUGCGUCCUGCGAUUCUUCAUUGGCUUGCUCGAAGCUACCGCGUACCCGGGCAUCAUGACCUUACUUGGCAAUUGGUAUACGCCUAGGGAGCUGGGGAAGCGCGCGUGCAUUUUCCAGGCUUCUUCGUCUGCGGCUCAGAUGUUUUCAGGAUAUCUGCAAGCUGCUCUGUACGCCGGCAUGGAUGGACGCAGCGGCCUCAAAGCGUGGCAGUGGCUGUUCAUCUUUGACUGCAUCAUUGGAAUUCCCGUUGCAAUUUACGGAUACUGGGCGAUCCCAGACACGCCGCAAUCGUCCAAGGCUGUGUGGCUCAAGGAGGAGGAUAAGAAGAUGGCCAUUUCUCGGAUGGAACAGGUUGGCCGCGCGCCCAUGAAGAAGCUGACCUUGCCGAUCUGGAAGCGCAUCGUCUCAACAUGGCCAGUCUAUCUCUUCUGCUCCAUCUUCAUUUGUCAUGUCCUGGGUAUCCGUAUUUACUCCUACUUCAACCUGUGGCUGAAGGACACAAAGCGUUGGUCUGUCGAAGAGAUCAAUAUCAUACCGAGUGCUGGGUACGGGCUCCAAAUUUGCUUCACGCUCUCGUACGCAUGGGUGUCGGAUGCUAUUCAGAUGCGCUGGCCCUUGAUAGUUGUGGCAUGCAUCUUCGCAAUGAUUGGAACCAUCAUCUUGUCUGUGUGGCCGGCGGGAAACAUCCCCGCCAUGAUGACUGGCUGGCUACUGACGUUUGUCGAGACUGGAGCAGGCGCGCUCAUCAUCACCUGGAUCAACGAAGUUCUGUCUUACUCGGCCGAGCAUCGAGCCAUUGUCAUUGGCAUUGUCGAGACAGCUGCCUUCACCUUCCAGGCCUGGGUCCCGCUCUUGAUCUAUGACACUGGCAAGGCGCCUCACUUUCCCAUCGGAUAUGAGAUGGCGACCAUGUUCUUUGGUCUGGAAAUUGUGCUGACUUUGGUUGGGUUGUACCUGGUGAAAAAGUAUCCUAUGAAGCCGAUGGCAUCAUGA